AUCGCGGUCAUCCAUAGUCUGUCAGGAGAGUCAGGACUGACUUGGACUGACUUGGACGGACUGUUGGCCGGACCAGCCACUGUGAAAAAUGUCGUCAGAGUUGGCAGAAAAUAUUGGAAGAGCUGUUUUGGACGCCAUUCGGAGUUUCCAAAAUGCACCUUUGGUGGCAGCGACGACCACACAACAACCACAUCGUUCGAGUUCUGCCAGUACCGCGCCUGGACCAGGACCAUCCCGCGUUUCCACCUUGACAGCACAACGCACGGGCACCAGUAACUCAACUCAAUUGACACCAGGAUCAAAUUUCCACACACCGAAUGAUCAUUCUGAUAAUUACCAAGGAAGGCAUGCUAUUUCCAGAGAAGAGCUGGAAAAUGUUCUCAUUUUGAAAACCACCUUUACUGAAGCUGCUUCUAUUCUUGGAGUGUCUAGGCCAACAUUUUACAAGUUAUUACAAGACUUUAAUAUCCCAACAUCAAAAUUUAACAAUAUCAGUGACCAACAAUUGGAUCUCAAAGUGUCACAGUUGAAAACUGAACAUCCAAAUGUUGGAGAGGUGAUGCUUAUGGGGCAUCUGCGCUCCAUAAAUAUUGUGGUUCAGAGACGGCGUCCAUUGGACUGUUUGGCAGACCCCUACACAUCAGAACUGAUCACGGAGGAGAGAAUGUUAGGAUUUGGGAGGACAUGCGAGCAAGCAGGGGUGAGGGCUCUGUCUUACUUGGGAGUUCUGUACACAACCAAAGGAUUGAGCGUUUCAACAGAGACCUGA